UCCAAAUCUCCUAUAUAAAGAUAGUUUGCGUCUAAUCCAAUAACACCACAAGAUAGAGCACUUUACGAAAAAAAAAAAAAAAAAGUACUAUAGUAAAAAAAAAAUUAAAUAGUACUAGCUAGAAAUCAUCAAAGAUGAGGAGGGAAGGGACGUCGUUAUUGGGGGCGAUGCUAAUGAUCAUGGUGGCGGUGCUCGUGGCGGCGGCGAGGGGAGAGACGAGUCCAAGCCAGUGCACGCAGGAGAAGGACCAGCUGGUUAACGCGUGCCGGUCGGUGAUUUUCGGGCAAAAUCCGUCGGCCAAUUGCUGCCAACGCAUAAGGGUAACUCAUGUGGAGUGCGUCUGCCCCUAUGUCACCCCAAAGGUUGCUAAUCUUAUCAACGUCGAACGUACAAUCAAGCAAAUUCAGGCAUGUGGAAGGACCGUCCCCCACAACUUCAAGUGUGGCAGUAUCACUACUCCAUGAGAGAAUAUAUAAGGGGCAAUGAUAUAUAUAUAUAUAUAUAUAUAUAUAAAGACUUCUAUCAUUUGCGCAUAUCGAAUAAGAUGUCUCUUUAUUUCCUUAAUUUAGAUAAUUGUUGUUUUUAUUAUGUCAUGUCAUUAGCGUGAUGUAUUAAAAGAGAGAUGUUCAUGCUUUACUUAAAAAUAAAAACUUAAGCGUUGACUCGGUCCACGAAACACGGGGAUAUGGUUUGGAAUA